AUGGCAGCGCCCUCCCUGCCUCGGCCGAGGAAGGCAAUCCCGCAUGCAGCGGAAAGUCAGAGUCAGGGACCUGACCAGGAUGACGUCCUCUUGACGCCAGUGGAGGCCUUGUGCCGGGAGCUGGCCGCGUCCCAGGGGCUCCACGAGGGCGGCUCGGAUGGCGCGGCCUUGGCGUCGCUGGAGCGGCAGGUGAUGGCCGGUGCGGUGGAAGGGGAGGAGGAUGUCUCUGCGAUCACGACUUGGGUCUCUUUGUGCAAGGGGCCCGGCAACCAGCGCUUCGGCGUGGUCUGCGCGUGUUUGCCCGUGCCGGGCCGGGGGUGCUGCUUCGUGGUCACGGCGGUGGAGCCCUUGGGCCUGGUGGAGCUGUGGAACGACUCGGUGAGAGAUAAGCGGAGACGAAUUCACUUGGGCUGCAGCAUUUGGUCCGUGAACGGCACGCAUGGCGACGUCCAGCGCAUGCAACGAGAGCUGGAGACGUCAACAGAGGUGCGGCUUUGCAUUUGCAACCCGCCCAACGCCUUCUGCAUGAAGAGGGCCCUGGAAGCGUGCGAAGGAGGCCCCAUUGCUAGCUGGCAGGUGGUGAAAGACCCACUCUCUGGCACCAGCCCGGGGCCCGAACUCGAGAGUGCAACAUUACAGUGGUCAUCACCACGAGCCCGGUACCCUCCAACCCCAGCACCGAGUUACUGGAGCGCGUGCUGCUCAGUUUGCACCGCAUCCCCGGCCUCCGGGCGGCGCCGAAGCUGA